UUGUGUGUAGUUGUGUCACCGAUAAAGAAGAGCAAGAACCACCAUCAACAUGGGUUCAACGCAAAUGUACAAGUCUGUGGAGGAAGACAACUACAAUCAAGAGGCCUACAAGGGCCAUACCCAUGACAAGACCAAAACCAAAACCAACUCUCACUGCCACGACCACACGGCCCAGGCCCAACUACACCCCGCCGAACCCACACACAGGCACCACAAGACCAAAAUCCACGCCCAUUCUUAUGGACAGCCCCCUGUGCAUCAGCCCAAUAACCAUCACAGCCAAACCAGUCACCACCAUCAAGGCUUAGCCAACAAGCAUGGGAACCACACUGGCAACAACCAUGUGGUCAAGCAAUGUGAUGAACAGCCCCCAGUUCACACGGCCAACAAACAUCCAUCAGUUCAUGCACCCUGUGGAAAACCUGAAAAGAAAAGUAAAGCAAAGAAGGAAAAGAAUGAGGAGUGCAAGAAGAAAGAAAAGAAGGAAAAUAAUGGAGAGUGCAAGAAGAAAGAAAAAAAGGAAAAGAAUGGGGAGUGCAAGAAGAAAGAAAAAAAGAACAUCUACAAGAAGGCGGCCAAGGAUCAUGGUAGUAGCAGUGACAGCAGCAGCAGCAGCAGUAGUAGCGACAGCGACAAGGAUUGAGAGAUCGUUAAGAGAGGGUGCCUGUCAACAUAAUACUAAAUAUGUAUGGUACAAAGACUAAAAUAAACAAGUCUCAAUAAGCGGACAAAGAUGUUAUAAUUGGUGAACUAUUGUGGCCUCAUUAGAGGAUUUACAUGUUUAUCUUUGUAACUUUAUGUUAUGUGUUUGUUUUAAUAAUAGAAGUUGGUAUUAUAUUAAUAUUUCA